GUGAUAUUUCUCAAAUCGUUUGGCGAAGAUGUACUUCCUAGCUUCUCUGCCGCCCCACCCUGGGUUAUGCAGAAACAGAACCAUAUAAUGAAUGGUCUUCGUCGAUGUCAAACUCUCACAAACCCAAUCUGAGGCUGUAAAUAUAUGUGAACUUCCAUUCAUGAGUUCCUCGGAUAGCGAAGGAGAGUUGUCCAAUGAGCAGACGGCCUUGGUAUCACCACAAGGUCCAUCCUCCCCAUCUCACAGCAAUGACUCUCAACGUCCUCGACCAGUGGACACAGAUGUCAAAGGGAGUCCACCUGAAAGGCCAGAACGUGGCACAGUGGAGGAGCAGUCUACAGAGAGGGAGGAGGAGGACAUGCUUAAGCACGGUGCCAAACGUGUCAUCAUGCUCUUCCUGCCAGUCUCGUUCUGCAUGGUUGUCGUUGUGGCAACAAUCAAGUCGGUCAGCUUCUACUCCGAGAAAAAUGGGGAACAGCUGAUUUACACGCCCUUCACAGAGGACACGACAUCGGUGGGCAAGCGGUUGCUCAAUUCUGUUCUAAACACCAUUACUCUGAUCAGCGUCAUUGUUGUGAUGACCAUAAUCCUCGUGCUGCUCUACAAGUACCGUUGUUACAAGUUCAUUCAUGGGUGGCUGAUUCUCUCAUCUCUGAUGAUGCUUUUCUGGUUUAGCUACAUGUAUCUGGGGGAAGUGUUCAAGGCCUAUAAUGUGGCAAUGGAUUAUCCCACAUUGGUGAUGAUCAUGUGGAACUUCGGAGUGGUGGGCAUGGUCUGCAUCCACUGGAAGGGCCCACUACAGCUCCAGCAGGCCUACCUAAUCAUCAUCAGCGCCCUCAUGGCCCUCAUCUUCGUCAAGUACCUGCCCGAGUGGUCGGGCUGGUUCAUCUUGGCGGCUAUCUCUGUUUACGAUUUGAUCGCAGUACUGUGUCCUAAAGGCCCGCUGAGGAUACUGGUAGAGCUGGCGCAGGAGCGCAACGAGCCCAUCUUCCCCGCUCUCAUAUACUCCUCUACAAUGGUCUGGCUGGUGGGGAUGGCCCAGGGAUCCACUCCUGCAGCUGGGGCUAUUGAUCAAGAUACAGAUGAAGACCCACAGGAGGGCAAUCAUGGGGAUACUGAGAGGAGCCAGGAGCCCACAGUGAGGAGGAUGUACACUGAGGAGGAGGAGGAGGAAGAGAGCGAUGGGGGCGUGAAGCUCGGCCUGGGGGACUUCAUAUUCUACAGUGUGCUGAUUGGGAAGGCUGCAGCUGCAGGGGGGGACUGGAACACCACUCUGGCCUGCUUCGUGGCCAUUCUCAUUGGUCUGUGCCUCACCCUCCUUUUGCUGGGCAUUUUCAAGAAGGCGCUUCCUGCCCUACCCAUCUCUAUCACAUUCGGCCUCAUCUUCUACUUCUCCACCGACAACCUGGUCCAGCCUUUCAUGGACAGCCUUGCUGCCCACCAGUUCUACAUUUGACUUGUGACGGCCAUUUUGUCUAUGGACAUAUCGCAUGUUGAAGCUUCAGAGCUGUGGUGAUUGAUUUCCACCAUGGGCGUGCCAAUGUUGUUCUAAAGUAACCAGCUGUGUUCCUGGAGAUCUACCAUCCUGUAGGUUUUCAUUCCAACCCUAACUAAGCGCACCGCUUUCAGCAGCCAGAGGUCUUGUUGAGCUGAAUGAGUUGUGCUAAAUUAGGGUUGAAAUGAAACCCUACAGGAUGGUUGAUCUCCAGGAAUAGGGCUGGUUACCACUGUGCUAAAGGGAGGAGAGAUGGAGAAAUGUCAAUCUAUUUUUUUACUGAAAUAUUUUAGCCAAGGGUGCCGUUUUAUAUUGGGUUAUGCAUGCAAUGGUAUGAGACGGAGAUAAAUUAGGCAGCCCAGGUCAUGGAGUGCCACAGAUGGUUCUGUCUUUUUUUAUUCCUUCUCAGCAAGAUUGCAAUUUCCAUCAAUUACCAGGUUGGAUGAACUACUGAGCACAUGGUCACGUCAUUCAUAAAGCCUAACAGUUAUUCUUCAUGUUGGCGGCAGUCCAGAACCAAGGUUACCUUUUACUGGUGUCAUAGAUACCACGACCCUACCCAUGUGUUUAAAAUAACAUGGUGAGGGCCAACCCCAGAACAGCUAUUUUAAAAUUCUGUUUGGCAAAGGGGGACUGGUAAACUUUGGUAGUCAUACAGUGCUGAAUGGAGGCACUGGAAAUUUGAAGUACCAAAAAUUUAAAAUUUAGGUAAACUUAACUGUGGUAAAUGGAAUCAUGUAGUGCUGGAACCAUGUUUGAUAAAUGAAAUGCAUUUUAUAUUCUGAAAUAUAUUCUGUAUGGGACUUAUUUUUUUAUCUUAUAACUGAAUAUUUGUUACAAAGCUCUUAUUUUUUGUUGUAUACAAUAAAGCACAUGUACGUGCUAGUUAACAAAUGGAGUAGAUGCUAUUUUGUAUUUAUCUUUUCAGCAACUGUAGAUGAGAACCUGGUAAAAAAAAAUAUUUGGUCCUGUUGA